GACAUUAGGAGCGACAGAGGAGCGCCGGAGAGGACAGGGGAUAUAUGUGUCUGUAUUUAGUGGAGCUCGUUUUGGUCUAUAAUUGUAUUUUUUUACAUAAAAAAAGUUGCUUAAAAUGUACUUAAGUUUAAGACACGUCUUUGGAUAAACAUUGGAGUUUUUAUUUUUUAUUGAAUUUUUAUUUGGUCUUUGGAACAUAAUGUUAAACAUCUCAAAGCGGAAAGACUCAAGGAUUAUUACUUAACGAGGAGUAAAUAUUUAUUUUAUUUAAAAAAUGGGUAAACUUCAUUCCAAGCACGCCUGUAAAAGAAGAGAAAACCCUGAAGGAGACAGUUUUGUAGUCAGUGGCUUUCUUUCAAAAAGAGGAGCAGGAGACACAAGUGAGACGUCCGAGCACAAAACACGGCACAUUCAGGACUUAGGCAACUGUGACUUUAAGGAAGGACAGUUUGGAGACCAACACUGCCCCCUAGAGGUGGUCUUGCCUCCUGAGAAAGCAGAGGGCUGUGAGAGCUCCUUGCAGUAUGGGAACAGUGAGGAAGGAGAGCGAGAGAGCAGCAAAGCGAGGAAACGCAUCAGUUUGAAUGAGCUGGAGUGUGACGUGUCCGUGGAGGACGACAACAGGCAGGAGUGGGUCUUCACGCUCUACGACUUUGACAACAGCGGCAAAGUGACCAAAGAGGACAUGUCGAGUCUGAUGCACACCAUCUACGACGUAGUGGACGCUUCGGUAAACCAGUCGUGCCACAGUAAAAGCAAAACGUUGCGUGUGAAGCUGACUGUUACACCCGAGCCCAGCCCGCGGCGGAGAGAUCACGCCACACACACGGCGACAGAAAGGGAUUGGAACUGCAGCCGUGUGGACGCCACGCAGCAGGAAGAGGGGCGCGGGGGAGACAAACGCCAUUCCACACACGUGAGGGAUUCUCUGGAGAGGAAUCAUUACUGCGUGGAUGAGAACACAGAGAGGAGGAAUCACUAUUUGGACCUGGCCGGCAUCGAGAACUACACCUCCAGAUUUGAAAUGCCCCCUACAGUGCAACAGGAUAAUUCAUCCCGCCCGUCUCACUCUCAGAACCGCUCUCGCUCCCAUGAGCCUGAAUCGCACUCCCAGCAGCGGCGUUCGCAGCUCAUCAGCGAUCACUGCGCCUCUCGUGCCCUCCACCCCACCAAACCCCCUAAAGUUGCAUCUAAAGGGGGCGCAAACAACCCGACAAGAGCCAGCAAGUGUUAUGGGCAUCAUGGUGGGCAGGACGUAUAUCACCUUCCGCAACAAAGCCAGCAUCAGCAGCAAACACACUCCCAGCACCCCCUGCAACACAGCCACAGCAAGAGGCUGAGGUCCAGAUCGCAGAGUAAACACACAGUACAGUCGCCUGACCGGGAGCACACACACGCCACAGGGUUUGUGGUGCCCGUGGUGCAGCGGCAUGAGCACCAUCACCACCAUGAGCAUCACCAUCAUCAUCACUAUCAUCACUACCAUCAGACAUGAUUGUGCACACACAUACACACACACACACACAUAGACACACAUGUUGUGUGUUUUAUACAUGUCAGAACCACAGACAGGUCCAAGUUGUGUGGAAAUCAGAUGUUUAAAGCUGGACACGUUACUCUGCUCACAUUUGCACACUUUUUUACCGACACUCCAAGUGUGUGCCGUCGUUAGACAUACUCCAGGUAUUCUUCUUUUAUCCAAUCUCAGGUGAAAACUGCUGCUGUUUAAGCUUUUCAGAGAAACAGCUACCUUUCUCUCUGUUACCUGCUGUGGACUGAGGGCUCUCCUUCUUACCAGGGUACACAUCACCACUGCCAGUUAAUGCAAAAAUAUAACCUUGUAUGUAUAAAACUGUAUGAAUAUAAACCUGUAUUGUUUAAUUAUACAGACAUCAUAUACAUAUUUAUCUUGGUCAGUAUGUAUGCAUAUAUAUAUUAUCCUGUUUUUUAAGCAUAUUUUAAUAAA